AUGUUUGAUCUCAACUAUUAUGUACAGAAUAAAGACAAGCGCCCGCGCUGGAAUGACGAUCACAUAUUGGGGUUAGCUCCACGCCCACUGCCCAAAACCCCGCUGCAGGCUUUCCAGCAGUAUUUCACAAGGGGUGAUGCGCUCUUCUUGCCAGAUAACUCCGAUAGAGUCCUCGACGCUCUUGAUCCCUCAGCUCAUGACUUGUCUCCCUCAAGCUGGGCCAUCCCAUUCCCACUGAAUUGGGAAGCACUCCAGCUUGAUGAUCCGACGCGCGUCCAAUGUGAAACAUUUAUUUUGCGGAAGCAGAAAGCCGAACAAGAGUGUAAACACCAUGGACAACCAGUGACCACUUCCCCCCAUUCCAUACAAGCUGUGACAACACAAUCCCCGACUCAACACCUGUACACUGCAUACCCAAUCAUGUACCCCCUUCUUCCCUUUCCUAGCCAACCGUCCCUCUUCCUCCCUCAACAAUCUACUACUCCUUCAGGAGGCUCUCCCCCUAUUGCCACGCUUGCUCCAGCACCCGACAUGAAGUUGCCAUCGAAAUCUCAAUCUGACGGAAGAGGAGAAAAAUUACUUGAAAUCUGCUACCAAUGUAAUACACUAAAUCCUGACAAGGCAACAACAGAAGCGAGUUUCUAUCUCCCCAUCGACUACUCUGCAUCAUUUGCACUCUGCAAGAUUGAAGAAGGGAUGGAUGCCGAUACUGUAGAGCAGAUGGAAAAGGCACUGCGUGAACUUCGCGAAUGCAUGUCUCGAGCCCGAACAAGUAAAAAAUUAUACAUUAUCAAUAUUAAACCGGUACCCAAAGCUGAAGACCUUGGGAAACGUGGGAAAAGUCGUCGGUCUAAUACUCUAAAUGACACAAUCUUGUCCAACCCAGCUUCUGAAAAAUACACCAUGCUCGAAAAACAAUGGGAGUGUCAUAGAUGUCGUAGUUACUGUUGGCCACAUACACACGCAAGGGGAAAACACCUUCACCUUAGUAAUGCGAUGCUGUCCUUAUGGGCGCAACAGUGGACUGACCACAUCCCCGGAGUUGAUCUCCACAACCCCCCAGCCCAUCACUGGUUUGAUGUGGCAGCUCUGAGAAAACAGACCAAGGCUGUCAAUGAGAAGCAGCAUCAAGAAUCUAAGAAGCGUUCACACGACACCAGUCCACCAAAAACCCCUACUAAAUCCAAAAAAGUCACAAGCCCUCCAGCAAAGAAGGUCAAGGUUGAUGUGAUACCAGCCAAACAAGAGCCCGAAAAAGAAACCAUCAUCCUUUCUUCUGACCCAAUAACACCAGUAUUUCUCCGUCGCCGUUCAUCCAAAGUCGGAACUGACUUCGUUGAUCUUUCAUCUUCCCCCAUCCCAGGACCUUCCAAGAAGAAGGAUCCCGUUAUUUUCAACCUUUGCAGUGACAGUUCUGCUGAUGGUUUUGACAUAGAGUACACAAAAUGUUAG